AUGCCAAAAGGAAAGCCCCUUCUCAAAGAGCUCAGCAAUGCGAAGAACAAGUCCAAGAAAAAGGGCAGGCACCAACAAGCUAACCCAGAAACUGCCGAUGAAUUUUUAGCCGCCGGCGUUGAGCAGGAAGAAGGCGGCGAGAAAUGGCGAGCUGGCGACGCUGUCAAAGCUAUGCGGUUCUUCAUGCGCGCCAUUGAAAUUUAUGAUAAUGGGCUCACCAAAUUCCCCACAUCGUUUGAUUUGGCGUACAACAAAGCUCGCGUCCAAUACGAAAUCACUCAGCAUCCCAAACUGGCUACCCAACUCCCCGCACCGCAGAUGAAAAUCCUUCAGAUCGCAUUGCAGUCGCAUCGGGACGCCCUCGUCCUGGACCAGGAUAACGCAGACGUCUUAUUCAACACGGCCCAGGUUCUGACCAGUCUUGCAGAGGCCCUGACCGAAUCUAAGCGCCCCAGCGAAGGUAAAAUCCAGGAAGCAAUGAAAUAUCUGAAUGAAGCAUUGGAGUUGUUUCAAAGAUGUUUGGUACUGCAGGAGCUUCGAUACACUGAGUGUCAAGAGGAUUUCAAGAUGAUGGAUUCGGACAACAACGACGAUAAUGAUGCCAUGCCGCAAAGCAGUGGUGAGGAGACGCCGGAAGAAAAAGAGAGAGAGACAGCGUCGGAGAAAGACCAAGGGUCAGACUCGCCGGUCCAAGAAGAGUGGGCCGCAGUGGUAGAGCCAGUGACUAAAAAUACACUGGUCGACACUGCUGUUGCACAGCUGGAAACUUUGGCAACUUUAUGUAGCCUUCUGGCCUUGGAUGGCGGCAAUGCUUUGGCUUGGGUCGAAGAGUACUCAUACGACUUAUUAAGAACAAAGAUCGCAGCUUAUGUUCAAGGCACCGAUAGGGAACAGGAAGUCGCUCUUGCUCGUGCGCGAUUUUUGGCAGCCCUGACCGAGGUAUUAUAUCGGAGUGGAAGAGUUGAUGUAGAGACGUACCAAAGGGAGCUCAGUGGUGCAUUUCCACCCGAACUGAACUUGUCCGACGAUCCCGAAGGUCUUUGUAGCAAAGCCGAGGCUCUCACAUCCUUCAAUUCCGCCAUUGCAGAUAUUCCUCCUACAAGUAGUAUUGAGGAAGGGCAAAGGUCACUGAUUUUGCGCUGGCAGGGAUUAAGUGCAGCCUUGGAGGAAUUGACCGCGGCUUCGAAAUUGGCGACAGCUGACAACGUGUCAAAGAUUCAUAUUGCAAGAGGGGACGUUGAAAUGGCACGGUGGCACCUGGGCAGGCCGCCUUGGAAUCACGCAGCGGCACACGAGAACGCCGCAACGCUCCUAAAGAACGCCCAAACGUACUAUCGCGGCGCCGCUGCAUUGGCGCGUAGAGAUGGCGAUUCGGAGCAAGAGAAGGAAGGCUCCUGUAAGGAAGCACUUGUUGCAGCUCUCGCUGGUGACAAAUCGAAGCUGAAUCAGCUUAAAAGCGCUGAUGCCGAAAAGGCAUUUGCCAUUAUGCAGGAUAUGGUCGAAGACAGCCUCGUAGCGCUAGCCGACGCAGAAGCUCUGCUCACUUGA